AUGUCUUUAGUUCAUCAGAACUCCUGUGAAUGUGUCCAGUCAGAAUUAAAUUUAUUCGAUACACCACCCACUCAAACCAGUGAAGAAGAUGGACACUGGCAUCAAAUUGGAACGGUUACAUCUGUCAAUGAUGGUGGCCCUUAUGUCUUUGACGUAUUGGGAGCUGGAGAUGAUUACAUGGAUCUAGCAAAUACUUCCCUAUACAUGAAAGCACAGAUCCUCAAUAAUGAUAGCACAAACCUUACUGAUGAGAACGUUGCACCUGUUAAUCGUUGGUUACAUUCUCUCUUUGGGGAUGUCAGCGUCUGUCUCAAUGAAAAACUAGUCUCGUCACCCAACAAUAUGUAUCCAUUCAGAGCUUACCUUGAAACGCUACUCAGCUAUGGUCCUGCAGCCAAAGAAUCUCAGUUGACCAGUGGAAUGUGGUAUAAGGAUACAGCUGCGCAAAUGGACACGGCUGGAAACGAUAAUCAUGGCUACAUCAAGAGGAAAUUGUCAACAGCAACCAGUAGAUCUGUGGAAAUGAUGGGAAGACUCCAUUCUGACCUAUUUGCUCAGGAAAGAUAUCUUGUCAAUAAUGUGAAAAUGAAAAUAACGUCAACCAGAAUUAAAGAUGUGUUCUGUUUGAUGGGAGAAGACAAAGAAUUCAAAGUUGUCAUCAAGGGCAUCUAUCUAAACGUGAGAAAAGUUAGACUGAGUCCAUCGGUGAGACUGGCCUAUGCAAAAGCCCUAGAAAUAUCACCUGCCAAGUACCCAAUCAGAAGAAUUGCAAUGAAAGUAUUUUCUCUUCCAAGAGGAAAUCACAAUUUUGUAAAGGAUAAUCUUUUUCUAGGACAAAUGCCUAAGAGAUUGGUCAUCGGAUGUGUGGACAGUGAUGCCUAUAGUGGACUCAUCACCAAGAAUCCUUUUCAUUUUAAAGAUUUUGAUAUUAAUUUUGUUGUCCUGAACGUGGAUGGCAAACAAGUCCCCACCAAGCCUUUGCAGCCAAAUUUCACCCAGAAACAUUACGUAUAG